UUUUUUUCGUGGACACGAGGCUUUAUAGAGUUUAUAGCGUCCGUGGACGUGUGGUGUGCCCCGACGACACCAGACUUUUCGACAAGUUGCGUACGCCACUGCACUGCGCUGCUGAGCAUGCGUGGAAAAAUCCUACGAUUUGGGAUCACUGCCCUUCACUCAUUCGCGCACGGUGAAUCGUAGGUGUUGUUCUUCCUAGGGUUUACCACAUAUUAAUUUUUCGCACGCAAAUCGCCGGCCCUUCGUCGAAGAUCCGUCAACGGUCCCGCCAUAUAUAUUUCGCUCGCGUGCCCGGCGGUGUAAAUAAAAAAAAAGUAUGGAUACGAACGAGAGUCGAGCGCAAGAAAAACCGCAGGAUGGAGAAUAUGGAUUUGUUUGGCAAGACUAUCUUGAUGCCACGAAGAGCAUGGAAGUUCCACAAAUUAUGUUCCCACAUGUGGAGCUAACAUUGCAGAACAGUAUUGAAAUAGGAAUGUCACUAGAGGUACCAAUCCAAAAGAAUAAUGACGAGGAGGAAUCAUCAUAUUGGGUGGCUUCUAUCGUUAUGGCUUGUGGACCCUUAUUGCGACUGCGUUAUUUUGGUGGUGACGAUAGAUCUUUAGAAUUUUGGUUUAAUCUUACAAAAGAGGCUGGCCAUGAACUUGGUUGGAGUGUGAAAAACAAUAAGAAAUUAAAGCCACCUGAUGUUAUACUUGAGAGAUCACCAGACUGCGUAGACAAGCUGCAUGAAUUUCUGGUGACAGCACGUACACUCCCAGCUGAGAUGUUGACAGGGGAUGGCCUAAGUAUGGCCGACAGGAUAAAACAGGGUAUGAAAGUUGAGAUAAGUGACGUAUUGCAUCCUUACAAGUUAUGGGUAGCUACGAUUAUCGAAAACGUUGGAGGACGUCUUUUACUGAGAUAUGAUACUCCAGAUUCUUCUACUCGUGAAGACUUCUGGAUAUUUUGUACAUCUGAGCGUUUACAUUCGUAUGGAUUUACGUCUAAAUCGAAUUCCACUUGGUUUUUGGAACCACCUAGUUCAAUAAUUGAUUUGCAUGCGUAUGAAGAAUGGAAGGAUUUGUUAGAAUCUAAACCAAAAGAUUGUGAGAUAGCGGAAGGAUUAUUUAACGAUCAUGUAGAUCAUUCAAAGCAUAGUUUUGAAGUUGGAAUGAAACUGGAAGCUUUACAUCCAUUAGACCGAAUGAAAAUUUGUCCUGCUACCAUAACGAAAGUAUUUGACGAUAUAUAUUUUCUUGUGAAUAUUGACGUACAUGCUAGAGGCUUAAACGAAUCAAGAUCGCUCGUCUCUAAUCAUUCAGAAAGUAAUACAUGGUUGUGCACUGCAGAACACCCAUAUAUAUUUCCAGUUGGAUGGGCGCAAAAAAACAAUGUUAUGAUUACCCAUCCACAAGGUUGGACUUCAAAGACCGAAAAUUUUGAUUGGAAUGAAUAUUUGGAAGAGUUCCAUGCUAGCGCAGCGCCUGAAAACUUAUUUGGUGAACGUGCGAAUGCCAGUGAGGCAGGCUUUGAAUGUGGCAUGAGACUGGAGGCUAUUGAUCCAGACCACGAACACGUAAUAUGCGCCGCUCACAUCAAUAAAAUCGUUGACAAUCUGUUAUGGAUAAAAUUAGAUAACUACGAGUACUCUCGGCCGGAUCAUGUAGUCGACAUGCAUUCCUUGUACAUAUUUCCCGUCGGAUGGUGCGAGUCUAAUCACUAUCCGUUAAAACCACCGCACGACUACAUAGAGAUUUGCAAGAAACUGGAAACGUCCGCGAAGGAGGAGAAGAAAACCAAUGUCUUGGACAUACCGAUAUCCGAGCCACGCUCUUCCCUCUGGUGUCCAAAGAUAUAUUUUAAUUACCGAUGCUUCACAGGCCCCAUGAUAUCGAAGGGUAAAUUAGCGACUCUCCCGAAGUCGGUGGGACCUGGGCCAGUUAUAUUGGUCAUGCGGGAAGUUUUGUCAAUGAUAGUAUCCGUUGGGUAUAGGAGUGCUAGAAUUUUGAAGGUCUUGCAAUGCGAUACCAAGCCAGAUCCCGGAUAUCACUUGGAAGUCUUAAAGGCGAAGCAUAAGAAUAACACAUAUCGCGCGAGUGUCGCAAUUGUUACGUCGGGUGACAUGGUGGCAGAUUUUUGCCGGAAUAUUUGUAAAAAAUUAAUGGUAUGCCCAAAUUUAUUUGGUCCGUUGCAUAUAUCAGAAAACGAAUGCCCAGACGAAUGUUAUAAAACGUCAAAGACGAAAUAUACGGCAUCAAUUGGAACUGGAAAAAGAGGAAAGCCGAAAGGAUACACGAGCAUCAUGGUGCAAAAACCGAAGCCUUGGGGUAGAAGGCGUAAAAGGCGACGUGGCAGAUGGGCAAAUAAGCAUAAGGAGGCUCACGAAGAAUAUGAUCAGGAAGAUGAAAUGCCAUUUAUGUCGUUGGAUCUGGCGAAGCACAUCUCGGAGAAUCACAUGAACGAGCACUUCGACGGAAGGCAGCCGCUCUCGGAGAUAGAUAUCAUGAUACAGAAAGGUUUAGAGAAAUCCGACAAAUCAGACGACUUUAAAACUGAAAUAGCCUCCAGUAAUGCCUCGGAGGACUCUGGUAGUUCGUUCAACGAUAGAAAGCCCAAAGAUCGUGAGAUGCCAAGUCCACCGAAUUUAAAUUCCAAGCAACACUCCACGAGAUUCAACCAAAGCACGGGAAUGACGAGAGGGAUUAAGAGAGAUUGGGACACGAGCAUAGAAUCCGAUUGCUCUGAAGCAGAUGCCGAAUACGUGAGAAUGCAAAAGACCCAGCGACGACCGAAGACGCGGAAGCUCGAUUCAAAUCCGUUGUAUUGGAGCGUGGACGACGUGUUUCGAUAUCUCAGAAAAACAAACGACUGCAAGGACCUUGCGUAUCGCGUCAAGGAAGAGGAAAUUGAUGGUCUUGCAUUUUUGUUGCUGAAUCUCCCCUCCCUUACUCAACACAUGAAACUACGAACGAGUUUAGCCAUGAAGCUGUGUCGACACGUUGAACAAGUCAAAGUCACAUUUUUCCUACGACAUAUUCAUGAAGUAGAACCCGAACAAUAUCAAAUUGUUUAACUAAAUUGAUUAAAUCUCUUUAUUCAAAAUGUAUAUUAUAUAUAUAUAUAUAUAUAUAUAU